AAGCCUAGAUGAUGACAGGCCAAAAAGUGCACAUCAUACCUGAUGUUACGAAAGUGCACAUCAAUGGAACAUGGACCUAGAGAAUUUUGUAAAGAAGAAUUCUCAAAUUGUCCUCCUAACGAAGCACUUAGUUUAGAUGAUUCUAGUAGUAAUCUGGAGACGUAUCCAGAAUAUAAGAACAUGGACCUAGAGAAUUUUGUAUAUGAAAAGGUUUCAGAAGAAAUUGAAGCAAGAAAGGAGGCUAAUGAAAGAAUUCCAUUCCAUCUUCAUUUUCCAAAUACGCUUCUGAGUUUAGUUGAUGGUAUGGUUGUGAUUGGGCUGUUCUCUGUUUGCUAUUUUGUAUAGUUCAUCCUUUAAUUAAAGAUAGAAAAUAAAAAAUAAAAUCAGAACAUUAAAUAAACUCAUCCUGGUUCAUGAAGGCGUCUGAAUAUAAAACCAGGACUUUUUAUAAUUUAUGCUUUUUUUGGCCUGUUUCUUGACAUAGUGAUCUAACUAUGCUUGGUCAAAAUUUACAAACACAGAUAUUGAUGUUCCGGGUGAUUCGGCAUCUAAACUGAGUGAGAAUGUUAGAGUAGCUAGUCCUUAUGGAGAUCCUUCAAGUAACAUGCUAAGAGAUGAUGAUCCAAGUGGUGCAAUAUUCCUGCGCACAAACUGGCAGUUGCAAGGGUACUUACAAGAGCAAGAUGAUAUAAUUGAAAAGAAUGGAGUUCCUGUCUCUUUGAAUGGGUUUGAAAUUGUUCUACGACAGCUACAGAAGUUGGCACCUGAACUACAUCCAGUUCACUUUCUGAGCUACUUGAAUUUUAAUUUGGCUGAAUUAGACCUUAGCUUCUUAUCCCAGGAAGGAGAAAAAGGUACUGGUUGCUGCUAGUGUUAGUGAGUGUUAAAAGAGAACACACUGUUUAAAGGGUUGC